AUGACACACGAGAGAGAAAUUCUAUUGGACUAUGUCGAAUACAAGCAUCCCAUAAAUAUCUUCUUAGGCGACAAUACUGUCAUUCAUACCCUUGGAGAGGGAAACGCCAACCUAUCCACAAAGAAUUCUGGACAUGACGUCACACUCAACCUACACAAAGUCUUGUUCGUUCCUGACUUUACAAAAAAAUUGUUGUCUGUUCCUGCUAUGGCCAUGAUGGGGGCCGAAAUCCAUUUCGAUCAAGAUACAUGUAUCGUCUUGAAAGACGGUGAGGAGUUUGUGAUUGGAAAUCUCAUUAAUCACAAAUUGUAUGCUGUCAACGCAAUUGAAUUUGCCCAUGUCUCGACUACAUCCACCUCAGCUUCUGUACCAUCCUUUGAAGAUUGGCAUUGUAGGAUGGGACAUUUAAACUACAACUACAUUAACCGAUUGCUGUCAAAAGACAUGGCUGAUG